GGUACACCGCGAAGCACUAGAUCUUCGGUCGUGGCCGUGAACCCAAAGCAAAAGCCUUUCUCUCUCUCUCUCUCUCUGAAACACCCCGUACUUCUGGAGGAACGAAACUCCAUAACCAUCGAAGAAGCUUACUCUCACUCACUUCACUUCACUACACUCUCCUCCGUUUUCCAAUUUCCAUGGAUCUCUGCUGAGUGCUGAUUCUGUAGAACCUCCCUUCCGCAGAUCCAUGGCAAACUUCCUCGCUCAGUUCCAAUCCAUCAAGAGUACCUCCGAUCGCCUCGUCAUUUCAGUCGAGGAUGUGAGUGACUUGUGGCCGGCUGUCAAGCCUGCUUUUGAAGCACGGUUGCCGUUCAAGCAGGGGUCUUUGAAUAACAAGACACGGAACCCUGUCUUAGUCGAGAAGUUGCCAGCUGAGUUCAUAUUAACUACAGAUUCAAGGCUACGGAGCCGCUUCCCUCAGGAGCAGCUGUUAUUUUGGUUUCGAGAGCCGUAUGCAACUAUUGUACUUGUUACCUGUGAGGAUCUUGAUGAGUUCAAAACCAUCCUCAAACCACGUCUGAAAUUAAUUGUCCAAAAUGAUGAGAGAGAAUGGUUUAUUGUAUUUGUAUCUAGAGCUCAUCCAGCAAAUGAUAAGGCAAGCGCAAUGGCGAAAAAAGUAUAUGCCAAACUUGAAGUUGAGUUUAACACCAAAAAAAGAGAACGAUGCUGCAAGUAUGAUAUACAUUUGCCUGAAUCAAAUUUUUGGGAAGAUCUAGAAUCAAAGAUAAUGGAGUGCAUCAGAAAUACACUGGAUAAGCGUGUACAAUUUUAUGAGGAAGAGAUAAGAAAGCUCAGCGAACAGCGGCUCAUGCCAGUCUGGAACUUCUGUAAUUUUUUCAUUCUGAAGGAAAGCUUGGCGUUUAUGUUUGAAAUGGCACACCUCCAUGAUGAUGCCUUACGGGAGUAUGAUGAACUUGAACUCUGCUAUAUUGAAACAGUUAACAACACUGGAAAGCAAAGAGACUUUGGAGGGGCAGACCAUGGUGACGAUCAAGCAGCAUUGCUUAAUCCAGGAAACAAAGCUUUGACGCAGAUUGUUCAAGAUGACUCAUUCAGGGAGUUUGAAUUUCGACAGUAUCUAUUUGCCUGUCAAUCAAAGCUCUUAUUCAAGCUAAAUUGUCUAUUUGAGGUUGCAUCAAGAGGUUAUUCGUUCAUAAUAAGCUUCUCAAAAUCUUUGGCACUGCAUGAGCGUAUUCUGCCCUUUUGCAUGCGUGAAACCUGGGUGGUAACUGCUUGCUUGGCUUUAAUUGACGCAAUACUUUCUAAUUAUAAUGAUGGACUUAUGGCACCUGACAUAGAGAAAAGGUUCUUUCAUCUUCUAGGCGACCUAUAUUCGCUAGCAAGAGUGAAGUUCAUGAGGCUUGCCUAUUUAAUUGGAUAUGGAACUGAAAUUGAAAGAAGUCCUGUCAACAGUGCUGCUCUCAGCUUGCUAUCUUGGCCUAAGCCAGCAGUUUGGCCUUCAGUUCCUGCAGAUGCCUCAGCAGAGGUGCUUGAGAAAGAAAAGGUGAUUCUUCAAACUACGUCUAGAACCAAGCCUUUUGGUAUCCAGAGGAAGCCCCUGCCUCUUGAACCUACUGUGCUGCUGCGAGAGGCCAACAGGCGGAGGGCUUCACUUUCAGCUGGAAAUGCAUUUGAAACAUUUGAUGGUCGCCAGGGUAUAACCGAAGGAUCAGGUUUUGAUGCAUCCACAAGGAUGUCGCCAUCACAGAAAGUACCUCCAAGUUCCAUACCACGCACUAAUUCUUCACCUGGAAACUUUGAUGGCUCAAUUGACCGGCCUAUGAGGCUUGCUGAGAUUUUUGUUGCUGCUGAGCAUGCUUUGAAGAAAACAAUUUCCAGCCAAGAACUGUUGAAAUCAUUAUCAUCAUCUGAGGAAUUUGAGCAAAAAUAUUUGGAGCUAACUAAAGGUGCCGCUGACAAUUAUCAUCGUUCCCUGUGGAAAAGACAUGGAGUUGUCCUUGAUGGUGAGAUAGCAGCUGUCUCCUUUAAGCAUGGGCAUUUUGAUCAAGCUGCAAAGUCAUAUGAGAAGGUUUGUGCACUUUAUUCCGGUGAAGGAUGGCAGGACUUGUUGGCUGAGGUCCUCCCUAAUUUAGCCGAGUGUCAGAAGAUACUUAAUGAUCAAGCUGGUUACUUACUAUCUUGUGUGAGGUUACUCUCUCUUGAUGAAGGAUUGUUUUUGAAUGAAGAGCGUCAAGCUUUCCAGUCAGAACUUGUUCGUCUUGCCCACAGUGAAUUGAAAGACCCUGUACCUCUAGAUGUAUCAUCAUUAAUAACAUUUUCUGGAAAUCCUGGACCACCGUUGGAGUUAUGUGAUAGGGAUCCUGGUACCCUUUCUGUUACUGUUUGGAGUGGUUUUCCAGAUGAUAUAACUCUUGAUUCAAUUAAUCUUACGUUAGUGCCAACAUCUAGUGCUGAUGAAGGUGCAAAGGCAUUGCAGAGUUCUACACCUAAUGUGUUACAUCCUGGUCGGAAUACUAUUACCUUGGAUCUGCCACCCCAGAAACCAGGAUCUUAUGUUCUUGGAGUUCUUACUGGGCAGAUUGGGCAGUUGAGGUUUAGAUCUCAUAGUUUUUCAAAAAUAGGUCCUGCAGAUACUGAUGAUUUCAUGAGUUACGAAAAGCCGGCUAAACCUAUUUUGAAGGUGUUAAGGCCUAGAGCUCUGGUUGAUCUUGAUGCUGCUGUUUCCUCGCCUUUGUUAACAAAUGAACGUCAGUGGAUUGGUAUUUUAGUUCGACCGAUAAAUUAUUCCCUCAAAGGUGCUGUCUUGUAUAUUGAUACUGGCCCAGGGUUGGAGAUUGAUGACUCGCAUGUCAUUGAGAUGGAAACCUAUGCUGGUGUAUCAGAGAAUGAUGACAACAAGGUGCAGAAAGACGGUGUUCAGAUAGACUCUUUAAAUUAUGAGAAGAAGGUUGAACGCUUGACUCUUCAUAAUGGAAAAAUUGAGUUUCCAAGUUGGGCAAGUGACUCUCCUUCUAUUAUCUGGGUUCUGGUUCGAGCCAUGAGUGACAUGCUCAGCAGAGGAUCAUCAUCAGUUACAACUAGGAGAGAGAGCAUUGUAGAUGCCAUGAGAACAAUUGCUCUGAACCUUGAAUUUGGAGUAUACCACAAUCAGAUAUUCGAAAGGACCCUGGCAGUUCAUUUUACAUAUCCUUUCUAUGUGACGACACGUGUAACCGAUAAAUGCAAUGAUGGUACAUUGCUUUUGCAGGUUAUACUUCACUCUGAAGUAAAGGCUACACUGACCAUAUAUGAUGCUUGGCUUGAUCUUCAACAUGGAUUUAUUCAUAAUGGUCAAACUGAGGGUAGACCUAGUUCAAGCCUCUUCCCACUAGUCAUAUCUCCUACUUCCAAAGCAGGAAUUUUGUUUAGUAUCUGCCUUGGCAAGACAAAUGGAGAAGAAGACAGAAAGCAGCAAGAAAGCAUAUUGAAUAUCAAAUAUGGAAUUUCUGGUGAUAGAACAAUUGGAGCCCACCCUCCUGUCAUGGAUGAAUCUACUAAAGUUGAUGGUGCCAGACAGGAGUUGAUCUUCAAGAAUGCAAUUACUUUGCAAAGGCCUGUGCUUGAUCCAUGCUUAGCUGUUGGUUUUCUUCCUCUCCCUUCAGAUGGUCUAAGAGUUGGGCAACUAGUUAAGAUGCAAUGGAGGGUGGAAAGGUUAAAGGAUUUGGAUGAGAAAGAAGUUCCUGAACAGAAUGAUGAGGUUCUAUACGAGGUAAAAGCGAAUUCUGGAAAUUGGAUGAUAGCUGGGAGGAAACGAGGGCAUGUGUCGCUCUCCCCAAAACAAGGUGCAAGGAUAAUUAUCUCAGUAUUAUGCAUGCCACUGGUGGCUGGCUAUGUUCGCCCGCCUCACCUUGGGCUACCAGACGUUGAUGAAGCGAAUGUAAGCUGCAAACCUGCUGGGCCGCAUCUGGUUUGCGUUUUGCCCCCAGCUCUGAGCUCAUCCUUCUGCAUUCCAGUCAAUUCAUGAGCUCACCGGUCAACGCUAUUGUUCCACAGAAGUUUUAUGUAGUUCGUGUCAUCUUAGUGAAAUUUGAGAAAACUUUACAUAGUUUCAUUAGUUUGUGCCAAGUAGGAAAGUGUAACAUUUUUUCCCUAUGAUGUUUCAUUGCAUGAGAAAUCUUCAUAGUUAUAUUUGUGUUUUCUGAUGGUGUUCCAGAUUAUUAGUCACAAUCCCGGCGCUUGUACAGUGGAAUUUUGUAUAAUAUAGAUACUUGGAUCAAAAACAUUCUUUUUGUCUCAAUAUGAUUCGAAUUGCCAGGAA